UAAUGAUUCCGCCUCUUCCGCCUUUUUAUCCAAUCGUAGCCAUUCUUAGGCAUUUGCCGCUAAAACUAAACUCCAUCCCGUCAUUUCCUUGUGCAUUGCAGUCAGUCAGCUACGGGUCGGAGCGUGAACUAGCCGAGAAGAGUGUGAACUCUGAACAUGGGCAUCCCUGGCCUACUGCAGUUCAUCAAAGAUGCAGGAGAGCCAAUCAAUGUGAAGAAAUAUAAAGGCCAGACGGUGGCUGUAGACACAUACUGUUGGCUUCAUAAAGGAGCAUUUUCAUGUGCUGAGAAGCUCGCUAAAGGAGAACCAACUGAUCAGUAUGUAUGGUACUGUAUGAAAUACGUGGACAUGCUGUUUUCCUUCAAUGUGAAACCAAUUCUAGUAUUCGAUGGACGUAAUCUACCUUCAAAACGAGAAGUGGAAAAGGCUCGCAGAGAGCGUCGAGAAGCAAACCUCCAAAAAGGCCGGCAACUGCUACGAGACGGCAAACUUUCUGAGGCCAGAGACUGUUUUACCCGGUGUGUCAACAUCACUCCAGCCAUGGCACAUAAUCUGAUUAAGGCCGCGAGGGCGAGGGGAGUAGAUUGUGUCGUGGCCCCAUAUGAGGCUGAUGCUCAGCUAGCAUACCUGACCAAGUCUGGUUUGGCUCAUGCAGUCAUCACGGAAGACUCUGACCUUCUGGCAUUUGGCUGUAAAAAGGUGAUCCUAAAAAUGGACAAAGAGGGAAACGGCCUGGAGAUUGACCAGUGCAACCUUGGUCGAUGUCGCUCCCUGGGCAACGUUUUCACGGAGGAGAAGUUUCGCUAUAUGUGCAUACUCUCCGGCUGUGACUACCUGGCCUCUCUGCAUGGUAUUGGCCUGGGCAAGGCCUGCAAGCUGCUGAGACUGGCAAAAGACCCCGAUAUCCUUAAGGUGAUCAAGAAAAUGGGCCAGUACUUAAAGAUGGAUCUCGCAGUCCCUGAAGAGUACAUCGAAGGAUUUGUCCGAGCCAAUCAGACCUUUCUUUACCAGCUGGUAUUUGAUCCUGUCAGCAGGAAGAUUGUCCCCCUCAACCCGUACGCAGACGACAUCAACCCGGCCACUCUCAGUUAUGCUGGAGUGCCUGUCGGAGAAGACACAGCCUUGCAGAUGGCCUUGGGGAACCUUGACAUCAACACAAUGGAGAAGAUUGAUGACUUCAACCCAGACAAUCCUAAGACACAGCCCGCAAAACACCGCAGUCGCAGCUGGAAUGAGAGCAGGGUCCCCGGUCCUGCUGGGCUCAGUAUUUGGAGUGGUAGCGGGAAGGUGACGUCGAUUGCACCGGCCCAGCCUUCUGCCUCCCCUGACAGGCCCCCGUCCACCAGGGGGAAGGAGAGAGUCAUCAACCUGGCUGCGGUCAGGCUUCCCUGCAAAACCGUGCAAGUGAAGAGACCGCGAGAAGACAGGAGUCUAUCAGAUCAAGAUGUUCUGCAGCAGUACUCCUCCGUUGUGAAGCGAUCCAAGUCAGACCAGCAGCCAGAAACGCAAAAGUUAAUACCAAUCGGUCAGCCACGGCCACGCAACCGCUUUGCCACACUCCUGCAGAGGAGGAACCAGGAUGUCGAUGACGAAGACCAGGCCAUGAGCAGCAGAUUCUUCAGCAAUUCCAGUUCAGCUGCCAUCAAUAUAAAGGAAUCUGCUCAGGUGGGUUUCGGUCAGAGUGUGGGGCCCCAAGCUACAAGCCCUCUUGAGCACACUUCCAUGCCCGAGUGCUCAGAAGGGCCCGAAGCCCCAAGCGUGGAAACACCCAGCCCACCCACUUCUCCGAAUCGCACUUCCCCCCAUUCAGGCAGUCAGGGCCUCAGACUCUUUAACUGGUCAGACAGUUCGCCCUCGACUGAUCGAUCACAGACACUGAAGUCUAGUUUAGGCCUGGAUGGCCUGCAGCAGUUCCAGUAUAAGAAGGACCGUCUCUCCUUAUCCACUAAGUCCUCAGUUCACAGAAGCCCAAAAGAGGAGGACAACCUCAAAGUCUCUCUUUCUUCCCAGGACAGCGCCUAUUUUUCCCAGUCCCAGCCUUCCCUUGUUUCUUUAUACAAAGACGAAACACCCCACUGCGGCCACAACUUCUCCCAUUCAGUGCCCGAAAUGGAUUCUGAGUCCGAGCAGAGUCCCGCGUGCUCCAACGAUGCCGAGGAUACAUUUGGAUUGAUACAAUUAAAGGUCACAGGUCUGUCGAAGCCCAAGAAGCUUAAAAGUCUGGUUAAAGCCACAAAGGUGCACGCAUUGGGCCCAGCAAGGGCCAGUGGAUUGAGGAAGAAAUCCUCCGCAAACAACGAGAACAACCCUAGUUUCCAGGCCACCAUCAGUAGUCUGUGGAAAAAUUACAGCUUCAAAAAGUAACUUUUUUUGUAUUUUUGGGGGGGGGGGGGGGUCAUGUUUUUAAGUAAUAGAAGAAUAGUCUUUGAAUGCAAAACUGAUCGCACUGGACAUGAACCCUGCUGGAUUGGAAGCCAGAUUGGUCAAAUGUCGAGAUUACCUGAUUCCGACUCCAUUUCUGUAAACAGACUGGCAUUUUGACUGAUCGUGGCUGUGAUGCUUAUAUCCAUGACUUAAGUUUCUGUUGUUGUAAAAGAGAAAAAAAAAACCCUUGUAUUUGGGGGUUUUUUUUUUUGUUUUGUUUUUUUUUUGGAGACACCCAAAAUAUGAUGUCUUGCAAGAAAGGAGACCCGAUGUCUGCGCUUGAAUGCAAUCUGUUGGCUAGUUCACAGCAAACAAAUGCCUCACAAUCAGGCACCUCUGGUGCUUGUUAUGAAUAGUUCACAUAGUGCUCAGCACUUUUUUUUUUUUUACACAAUAAAGUUAUUGUAUGUUUUGUCUAUCAUACCGUAAACACUGAAGGAAGUGGGGUGGCAUAGUAUUUUUUUGCAGUCAAAGAAUGUGUCAGGUAGUGGAAGUGAUUGAGUGUUGACAGAAAAUUCCCGGCCUGCAUGCAUGCACAACAAGAUUGUGGCGAUAAUGAUUACGGUUGGUUUGGUAUUUCGAAGGUUUCCUCACAAGUCUCUGUGGGAAUGACUGUAACAAAUGAGCUCUCAAAUGAAUUGAAUGAAUUUGAAGUCCUACUUAACAGAUGGGGUGGUGUGAAAUAGGACUGGUUUAUUUUCUGAUCCAUUUUGCACGCAAGUAAAAUGAAUCUACCUCCAGAUAUUCAGUGGGAUUUGAUAUUUACUGAUAUAGGCACCGACCCCCUGUUUGCUACAAUGAGUUUUUCAUGCAGGCUGUUUGGGGUCAAUGUUAGUCCUGGGCUAAAUUAUCAUCAGAGUCUAGCCAGUUUGUACAAGUGCACAUUGAGGCACAUUAUUUACACAGAUUAAAAAAUAAAAAAUCCGGUCAUGGCCUGAAAGGACUCUGGCAUUACCACAUUUAAAUAGUCAUUUAUUCAUAUUCGUCCGUUCUUCCUGUUUUGGGUUACAAGUGACCCGGUCAGUGCCCGUCUCAGCUAACUUUGGCAGGGUAUGCUCUGAACUUGUUGCCAUCCAAUUGCAGGUCACAUAUUAGUAAAUGACCAUUUAUUCACAGUGACACGGAUUGGCAAAUUAGACUCUUUCAUCAACCUUAUGUGCUAGCAUUGGGAGAAAAUGCACAACAGCUCCACACAUAAAGCACUGCGAGACAGACUUCUUAACCAAAUGCUGCACCUGACACACCCUGACUUAAUGCUUUGUAUAUUUGAUCCAAUUAAUGAACUGUUCAAAGGUUUUCCUUUACAAGCCAGCGUUAAACCUGUUCGACUAACACUUUACAUUUCGGGGUUCUGUUCUAAAGCGUCUGAGAAAUGGUACCAGUUUUAUUAGCAUCGCGGUCACAAUGUUACAAUGCUGUGUCGAUGCCUUUUCUCCUCUUUCGCUUCAUGGAAAGUUACUUCCUCCUCCUCUUAUCACUGCACAGCCACAAACAGCAAGAAGUGCCCUGUUGUCUUGGAUUUGUUCCAGGACUAAUUACAUAACAAUUGAGCGUGUAAUACUGUUUUUGCCUCCUCCUUUCAUGUUUGUGGUGAUGGAAAGAACAAGUGAGAGGAUAGCAUCAUCUGUUUUCAUUUUCUGCUUCAUGACCUGUGUAAUUCUCCGCAAUACGGAUCCUUUUGCUUCUACAAUAAGAGUGAACAGUACCAGCAUAAUGUCAGUUAGGGUCCAUCAGAUGACACUUUUUUUCCCAUACAUGCUUCCACCAGGCAAAAUGUCUGUACAGUGUACAAAUAAACUUCUCAAAUAAUG